GAUCUAGCUGCAGGUGAGACUCUCUGCUUGUCUGUCUGACGACAGGUAGGAAAUGCAAAUGAGAGCUGCCGCUCGUUCUUAUGUUACCACACGCUUUUAAUCUCUGAGACUAUUUGCAUCUGGCAUCUGACACAAAGACACGUCCUCAUGACUUGAGCUGUGAGACUCGUGCCAGCAUCCUAAGCAUGAGUUUCCUUGGAAAACUGAAGCCCCGUGGACCUCCGGCCCCUCCGAGGAGGACAGACAACAAUGCAGCGUUUGAAUGGCCACAGGAUGAAUUUGAUGAUGAAGACGGGGACAUGUAUGAAGUUCCUCCUUGUGAGCGUCAGCCUGUCAAGGUCCCACAGACACAAAUACAGGAAAACAUUUACUUAGAGAGGGCAUCUCGUCCUGAAAUUCACUCCCCACCCAGACUAUCCAAACCCUCUACACCACAGAGCACUGUAAAACCUCCUGAAAUAAACAGAACUGAGAAACCUGGAAGGAAAAAGAUGCCCGAUCCUCCGGCCCGCAGUGCUCCCGCUCCGGCUCCUUUACCUGAAGAAGAUGUUUAUCUGGAUCCAAAUGAAGAACAGGAAGACAAUGAUGACGUGUAUUUGGAGCCAGAACCAUCCUGCCCAUCUCCUGCCCCAAAAAGAGGACCAAAACCUCCUCCUCCAAAACCCAUGGUAAAACCACCAGUUCCAAGAGCUGAGACUCAACCAAUGUUUUCUGCUAUUCAUGAGCUAAAGACAUCUGAGGAUAGACGCGCCAGCUUCCCCGGUCAGCUAACGCAACGAGUUCUGCCUCCAGAUCUGAAGGAACCUAAACCCAUGCUUCCUCAUCCUCUGAUGGGAGACUACAAACCUGGAGGUGGCAGUAGGAUGACGAAGCAAAGUGGAAAUGAGGAUAAAGAGUGGUUUGCUGGAGACUGUAGCAGACAGACAGCUGAGAAUCUCUUAAAUAGAGUCAGAAAGGAUGGAGCCUUUCUCAUUCGAUACAGCUCAGACAAACGACCUCAGCAGCCGUACACACUGGCUGUCCUCUACCAGCAGAAGGUGUACAACAUCCCCAUCCGUUUUAUUGAAGAGUCAAAAGGUUACGCCCUCGGAAAGGAGGGCAAGAAGAAUGAAGAGGUCUUCAGCAGUCUUGACGAGAUGAUUUCUUACCACAAGAACAACCAAAUACUUCUGAUUGACAGCAAGAGCCAGGCCAAGCACACAGCACACCUAACGCAGCCUGUUCGACCCUAAAACGACACUAAUCACAUGUUGUGUGAGAUAAACAGAAGAAACUGAAACUUUAUUUUAUAGAAAAAAACACCUUAAUCUUGCCUGUUAUUGUAAAAAAAUAGAUUUUUUUAUUCACUAAGGUUCUCUGAGGAAGAUGUCUAGAUGAAAACUGUCAGUUUAUAUUAUAUCAAGCAUCAGCUGUCGCACUUGAGGGCUCAACUCUAUUUGUUGCAGUUUUUCCGCUUCAGUUCAUUUACAUAAAUUUGUUUGCUCAGAUCUUUUUCUGUCACCUUCUUAUAAGUUCACGUCAGAGUGUUUGUUUUGAAAUGCUUUCAGUUUUUAGUGUAACAUGUUGGCUGUUUUGCAAUCCAGAAAAUGUGACUUGCAUUGCUUCUGUUGUGUUAAUUUCAUCCAGGUUUGUCCGUCUUUACCAAAGUUGAAUUUUAGUAUGUCUGAAUGUCAUCAUAUGGGGUUUUGUUGUGUUUUUUGGGAAGAAUUGAUUCUCUGGUGAUGUAUCCUGAUGAGAGCAGCAGGUCUCCAGGAUCUGUGGGAGCAGCUGCUAACCAGACGCUGAUGGCUCCACCUGCUUCCUGUCAGGGUCAAACAUUUCCUCUGUGAUCAAACCAUAAAUUUUCUACCAAAUGGUAGAUCAACAAAUCUGUGGCUAUUUGCUUUCAGGAAAAUAUUUUGUAAAUCUUACAGCUUUCUGCAAACGGAUUAGAUCCUGAGAUGUAAAUCAGACUCAGAGCUUCUUCUAAAGCCUUUUUAUUUUACAUAUCGCUUUGCUUGUACAGAACGUCUGUGCUGGUUAAAAUGCAAAAGAUUUUUCACUGGCUCUACUGUACCAGUGAAAUUUGCAUUAAUAAGAGGUGCAAAGGAGAACUGAAUUACUUCCUGAAGCCUGCUACUGUGCAUGUGGCAAAUAAGAGAUCUAAUAAUAAUCUGAGCUUGGACCAUUCAAAGUCCUGAGAACCGCAGCAAAGUUUUAUACAUGUUCCAGGGAAUUCAAGACAACCUCAGCAAGGUCAACUCAAACUGAGUAUUUUCAGCUCGUUUUGUUUUUCUUAUGCUCUACUCACGUUUUUUUGUAAUCUUUAUUAUUCCGAAAAUUUUAAUUUUCCAAAGCUAACCAUGUUCUGCUGUCAUCCUAUAAACCAUUUUUUUUGUCUAGUUUCCACAACUAACCGUAUGAUUUGUUUUCCCAGUGACUUGGGAAUAUUUUUAUUUGUCUAAAACACACUCUUUAAUUUUUGUGUUGAAGAUUGGACCAAAAAAAGUAACAAACCAUGUCUUUUCUGGAAGUACGGCUGUCAACAAACCACCAAGAGGCAAAAUAUAAAUGAUUUUAAUUUAUGUGCAAAUUUAAAAAUGUUUUCUGUCUCUAUAGAUGCAUUUUUAUCUUUCAGUGUACAACGUUUAAUUUUAUGUUUGUUUAGCAACAAACAAGCUUUUAACUAAAACAUAAUCAGGCACAAAUUAAUGUAACGUAUCAAUGUUAGAAGUAAAUCCUAAGAUUGUAAAAGGCUGUAGUUGUAAAAUCUUAACUCAUACAAACAGCGCCCCCCUCUGGUACUUCUAAUCAGUUAAGAAAAAAAACUAAAUUUAUUCAAACUUUUAUUUCAGAACAUUUAUUCACAAAUAUUUGACAUUUAAAUAUUUUAUCAACUAGUCCUAGUUGGUCAGAGACUCUUUCAGUCGCAAAUAGAAAUACGUGACUUUGAAUAUGACUUACUGUAAAAAUGACAAAGAGGCUGGUUUCUUU